UCCGCGUGCGCGCGCUCCUGAGGCCUCGCCUGCCCUCCGGGAGUCACCCAGUGAGCGCCUCUGAGACGGGGCGAGCCGCGGAGGCCUGGGCCGGGUCAGAGGCCCCGGGAAGAUGUUCCUGGUAGGCCUGACAGGGGGCAUUGCCUCAGGCAAGAGCUCGGUGAUCCAGGUGUUCCAGCAGCUGGGUUGUGCGGUGAUUGAUGUGGACGUCAUUGCCCGGCAUGUCGUCCAGCCAGGAUACCCCGCCCACCGGCGUAUCGUGGAGGCCUUCGGCACUGAGGUCUUGCUGGAGAAUGGCGACAUCGAUCGAAAGGUCCUGGGGGACCUGAUCUUUAACCAGCCCGACCGGCGGCACCUGCUCAACUCCAUCACCCACCCCGAGAUCUGCAAGGAAAUGGUGAAGGAGACCUUCAAGUUCUUCCUCCGGGGAUACCGCUACGUGAUUCUGGAUAUCCCCCUGCUGUUUGAGACCAAGAAACUGCUCAAGUACAUGAAGCACACAGUGGUGGUAUACUGUGACCGAGACACGCAGCUGGCCCGGCUGAUGCAGCGGAACAACCUGAACCGCGACGACGCAGAGGCCCGGAUCAAGGCCCAGCUGCCCCUGAAGGACAAGGCCCGCAUGGCCCGCCACGUUCUAGACAACUCAGGCGAGUGGAGUGUCACCAAACGCCAGGUGGUCCUCCUGCACGCCGAGCUGGAGCGCUCCCUGGAGUACCUGCCACUGCGGCUCGGGGUCCUCACGGGGCUGGCCGGCAUCGCCAGUCUCCUCUACCUGCUCACCCACUACCUCCUGUCUUCCCCCUAGCGGACCCUGCAAGGCAGGAAUUCCUGGGUCUCCAUGUCCUCAGAGGCUGAAACCAGGUAAUGAAUGCAUCCGGUUUCCUCCCAACCCCUCAACACACACACUCUGGAUCUGGGCUGGAGCCCUGGACUGGGCUGACCCUUCCUUGGAGCACAUCCUGUCCAAGGCAGAGAAACAGCCCUCUGUCAGCAGAUGCUCCUUCCCACCUCCCCCAGCACCCCUCCCUCUGGAACAGUGUCCAUCACGGGGUGUGGAAGCAACAAUGGUAGACUCUUGUAACUUUCUUGUGGGCCGGGGUGAGGAGCACUGUCAGUGGCCGUCACCAGUGUUUAAAGCUGGGAGGGUCCCUGGGCUUGAACCCUCUCCUAGCACGUGCCCCGUCACGGCCAAAACCCCCUGCAUGGACCAUGGGAAAUCAGUUUGGACCAAGGACUGCCUUCAAGCAGGAUUCCCCUGUAGAUUGAAGCCCUUGGCCAGGAGGCAGUAACAAUUCCCUCGUGGGUGAUGCUGUAGCGGGGCAGAGGCCAGGCCCCUUCUGGGAUGACCCACUGUCCCACCAUGGCAUUUCCCUAGCACUCCCCGCACCCUGCUCCCCGCCUCCUCCUACCACUCUACCUCCCUGAGCUCUUGCUAGUCUGCACGCGGUGCACCAGGCUGUUUCUGGCCUCUUUGCCUUCACCUCCCCAAUCUGGAAAACGUUUUUUUUUUUCCCUACAACUGGCUACCUUCCAGCUCAGGCACCAUCUGAAGCCCCAGGCUGGGUUACCCAGCCUGGGAUACCAGGCUCUGGGAUACCCCCCGCCCCGCAUUUUACCUGAAUCCACAGUAUAAUAAUCAGCCAAAAACUGGUUAGUCUCUCCUACUAGACUGUAAGCCCUUUGAGGGCAGGAACUGUGUCUUAUUCAUCUCUGUUCCUGGUGCAGAGCCUGACUCGCCAUUGGUGCUGAAUAGUGUGUGGAUCUGAAAUGCCCUGUGCUGCCAUUGUUCCCCCAGCAUCACCGACUGACCGAGGUUCCCAGACUUGGCUGAUACCAUUGGGGUUAAACUUGGCCUCCUCCCACACUAAGACCUGUGCUCCUCACUUCCCUGGCCCCAGAAGGUACAGUUGCCUUCUGACUUCUGGGGCCCCAGGAGGAUUCCAGCCAGGUCCAGACAUACCUGUGUGAGAGGUGGGUGGAGGUGCUGGGGCAGCUUCACCCACGUACUCCAUCUUCCUUCCCCAACCCAAUUAGACCAAUGUAGACAUCAGCUUCCCCUUGCCAGAGCUGGCAGACCUGCCGAUGUGUUGAUCCUGCGGCCAGCAGCCUAUUAAGACCAGAAAUGAGUGUGACAAAUGCGACUGCUGUGGUGGCCAUACUUAGUGCCCCCUUUCCCAGAGCUGCUCAUACUUCAGAGACCAGCUCAUUAACUCACUGCAAACCCGCAAGGGGCAAAGGCUGGUAAGGUGGUGGCAGGCUGUGGGGUGAGGGCCAGGGCAGGAUGAGAAUGGCAGAGGGCAGCCGCUUCCCCGGUUUGAGACCUGGCAAGAGCGGGUAAGGGAGGAAAGGUAUGGACUCCUUGCAGUGCCCCAUCACCCUAGUCAUUGAGAAGAUGGCUCCUCGUGAAGGCGUGACAUGCCGGACGCUGCUGGAUGUGUGACACCCGGAGGUAACAUGGCAUUGAUUAUUCUGAUUCCAGGCCCAGAGGGAUGAUCUGAUUCGGGUCAGAGCCAGGCUUCAGAACUCUGCCCGCUGUGUCCCUGGGCCUGCCUGGAAGGGACAGACUUGGCAUCGCUCUGGUCCACUGGGCUUUGUCUCCUACUUACAUGACCUCUUGACUUCAUGAUGCUUAUGUCAGAGAACAGCGAAAACCCUUUGCAAACUAUAAAGUUCCAGAGUUAUUUUCCUCCCUGA